CGCAGGGGCUGCCGGGAGCCUGCGGGGCCGAGCCGGCUGCCAUGCUGCUCUUCUGCCCCGGCUGCGGGAACGGACUGAUCGUGGAGGAGGGACAGCGGUGCCACCGCUUCGCCUGCAACACCUGCCCCUACGUGCACAACAUCACCCGCAAGGUAACAAAUCGGAAGUAUCCAAAGCUGAAAGAAGUGGAUGAUGUGCUUGGCGGAGCAGCAGCCUGGGAGAAUGUUGACUCUACUGCAGAGCCAUGUCCUAAAUGCGAACAUCCUCGUGCCUAUUUCAUGCAGCUUCAGACCCGCUCUGCAGAUGAGCCGAUGACCACCUUCUACAAAUGCUGCAGUGCUCAGUGUGGGCACCGUUGGAGGGACUAGGCCCAGGCGGGCCCAGCCGUGCCAUUGUCUGCUUACCUCGUUCCCCAGGCUGGAUUCCCAGCCAGUGUGUGAGCUGUUUGUCCUGAAACGUCUCUGCUGGCAUGGCGAAAAGCUAACCCUUUGAGGGGAGCUGGCCAUGGUGCCCGCGACUGUAGCCCAUCGGCAGUCAGUGGAUGAGCUCAGUUAAGUGCAGGGAGAUUGUGUGUGGAUCGGGUAUCCGUAAGUGUGAUCUGUUUAAUGUCCUGCUCAUCGAUCUCGUAUGUGUAUUGGCUAAUAGACAUUCUCUCAUCAUCAGCCUUCUUAAAUAUGUACCCCGUUUGCACAGCUUAUAAAGUAAAAUUUUAUAAUGUAGUACAUCGGAUGUCCCGAAGUAUUUAACUGUUAAUUGUAAACUUAUUUUAUCACCAUCUAUUCUGAAUAUUUAAUUAAAAUGGAAAGUCCAGUA